UGGAUCCUGUUGUCAUUUCUUUCCAAAACAUAUCCUGAUUGUUCUUUAAGUCAUGGUCUCCAUUGCCAGGGUGGUCCUUGGUGUCUGUGGACUGGCCAUCGUUGUUGUUCUCAUCACGGUGCCCACUGUCAUUUAUUUGAAGGAGGAGCAGGAUGUAACCGAAGACAGGGCAUCCUUUACAUUGAUGGAUGUCUUCAACAGUUCCCUCAAACCCAGGACUUACAGCAUGAAGUGGAUCUCAGACGACGAGUAUCUACAGAAGCGACAAGGCUCCGUCUAUCUCUAUAAUGUGGCCACAGGAGAGUCCUCCAUGUUCAUCAGCAGAGACCAAUUUAAUGAAAAAGGUGCUACUGACUACCAGCUUUCCGCUAACCGCAGAUAUGUGGCAUUUAUGAGCAACCACACCAAGCUUUGGAGGCAUUCAUUUAUGGCUUCAUAUUCAAUCUACGAUCGGACUUUGGACAAAUUCUUGGAAGAUUCUGACCUUGCUCAAGAAGUCCAGUAUUUGGCAUGGGCUCCUGAAGGCAACAAACUGGCUUUUGUUUUGGAAAACAAUGUGUACAUAAAGACCAGCCCAGAUUCACGGGUCCAGCAAGUUACAUUUAAUGGCAAGGAGAACCACAUUUUAAAUGGAAUUCCAGAUUGGGUGUAUGAAGAGGAGAUGUUCUCCUCCAACCAGGGACUCUGGUGGUCCCCGGGAGGAAAAUAUGUGUCCUACGUCGAAUUCAACGAUACAGAGGUCCCUUUUGUAGAAUACCCCUGGUAUGGGGAUAGUCAGUACCCCAGUACGGUUUCCAUCCCAUAUCCAAAGGCAGGUUCCCCCAACCCAGUCGUGAGACUAUUUGUUGUAGACACAGACAAUACAACCCAUAUUAGCGAAGUUCACGUUCCAGAACUCUUCCGCUCAAGCGAUCAUUACUUAGCCACCGUGACCUGGGGAACAGACCAGCGCCUUGCUGUCCAGUGGCUAAAGAGGGUCCAGAAUCACCUUAUCCUUCAGAUCUACGACUUCAAUGGCUCCACUUGGCUCCCAGUUGAGCAUCUGGACGUGCAAAGCCCCUCUGGCUGGAUUGGACGGUUUUCUCCACCAGAUCCAGUUUUUGCUGCAGAUAGGAAGAGCUUUUAUUUGCUGAUGAGUGACACUAAAGGCUACAAACACAUCCAUCAUGUAGUUGAGGGCAACGCCACAGCGAUCACCGCAGGAGAAUGGGAAGUUAUUGGCAUUCAAAAAGUAACUGCAGAUACUGUUUAUUACUCCAGCAACCAAGAGGGUGGAAAACCCGGAGGAAGGAACGUUUACAGGUGGACCAAGGAAGAGGUCCAGUGUCUGACGUGCAAUUUAAGCAGGGACAACUGCCAGUCUAACUCUGCUUAUUUCAGUCACAAUGCAUCAUUUUACCUCAUGAGCUGCAGAGGUCCUGGUGUCCCUUACAGUUCACUUGUGGAUAACCGGGAUGGCACUGAGCUGAAGCGUUUGGAGGAUAACAAGGAAUUCAUCCAGCUGAUAUCUCACAUCCAAAUGCCAACCAUGCGUCGCGGCACUGUCAAGGUUGCUGGAUACAAUCUCUGGUACCAAAUGUUUUUGCCACCAGGCUUUGAUGAGUCUAAGAAGUACCCUUUAUUGCUGGAUGUGUAUGCUGGUCCCUGCAGCCAGAAGGUUGACUUUCUCUACAGGGUGAGCUGGUCCACCUACCUGGCCAGCGAGGAGAAAGUCAUCGUGGCCAGCUUCGAUGGUAGAGGCAGUGGUUACCAAGGUGACAAGCUAAUGCACGAAAUCUAUAAACAUCUGGGAACCUAUGAGGUGGAAGAUCAGAUAAGGGCAGCCAGGGAAUUCAUCAAAAUGGGAUUUAUUGACAAAGAAAGAGUUGCCAUAUGGGGAUGGUCUUAUGGCGGCUAUGUGGCAUCCAUGGCUUUGGGAUCUGGAAGCGGUGUCUUUAAAUGUGGGAUGGCAGUUGCUCCAGUCUCCAAAUGGGAAUAUUAUGAUUCCAUCUACACCGAGAGGUACAUGUUGACGCCAGCUGACAAUCCUGUGGCCUACUCAAAUUCAACAGUAACUGCACGGGCCAAGAACUUCCAUUCAGUGCAGUAUCUUCUAGUUCAUGGAACAGCUGAUGACAACGUUCAUUUCCAGCAAGCAGCUGAGAUAUCAGAAGCUUUGGUAGAAGAGCAGGUGGACUUUGAAGCUAUGUGGUACACAGACAAGGACCACGGGCUGGGUGGUCCUGCUAAUCAGCAUGUCUACACCCACAUGAGUCACUUCCUACAAAGGUGCUUUGCAUGAAGUCCUCGGAUCAACGCAACUCCUGUACCUUACGCAUAAAGCAGAUUGUAUACUGUAUGUGCAACAAGGCUCAGUCUAUAAUGUCAUGGUAAUGAUGAAUAGUCAUCACUAUAGUCAUGCUCUACAUUUACAUAUCGCUCGAACAAAACCAAUUUUAGCAACAUUUUGCAAAUCACAAACUUCACAUCCCAGCAAGCACAAGAUGCUGAAAACUUGUUGAAUUAGAUUCUGGCGUUGAGCAACUCAAACUUAACGCUGGAACAUCAUGCUUUUUACUGACGUGUAAUCAAUGUAGGGUACUGACGUUGAUAUUACCAUUAAAUUGUGGUAAUUUCUCAACCAACAACGUGGCACCAACGUUAGACAACUUUGUCUCAAUUUAAAAAUACAACUUUUUUUACAACGUUGCUUCUAAGUCAUUUUUAAAGGGCAUUACACUGACUUGAUUCCUACCACAAACAAUGACGCUUUACCUUAAAGUCUAACUUCCUGUCACUUCUUGAUGAAUUUAUGACAACACUUUUGGACAAUCUGAAACGUGGAGGCAGGAUCUGGUUUGUAUUGGCUUGAGUCUUUCUAAAGACAUGUCUAUCAUUGAGAGCACACAACCAGCCAUACACACACGGUUAUUAGAAAAUAUCAAUAUUCAUCAUGCAUCAUUUGUGACAAACUGUCUUAUUUAGUGUCAAACAUGUACACAAGUUAGAAAUAUUUUGUUUUCUUAACUUGGACAUAAAAAGUUGAUUAACACCAAUAAAUGUUUUUUCCUGGGGUGUGUAAAAAUGUCAGUUAUAACGU